AUGUCAAAGGUCGGAGACGCACAUGUAAACGUGUAUGCUGGAUCCCCCUUGAACCGGCUUGCAUGGUUACGAACCUCCCAAGGGUUCCUCAAUUCCAUGCUUUCAUCACCCCGAACUCGUUGGAUCUUGUUCAACGCCGGUAAACCGCUCGUCGUUUCCGGCACUCCAACGUCACUCGCAUACCUUUCCACGCGCUCUGUGCUUUCUCUCCUUGGGAGUCAACCUUUCUUUGGCCAAGGGGAAACGGAACUUACUCCAAUCACUGCGGAACAGUUGAAUCAGAACAGUCAUGUUCUCCAGGCGGCGAGACAUCGUGGACCGCCAGUGGUGUUUCUGGGCAUACACGAGAAAGAAGGGGAACGCGUUUUGCCAGAGAAGGAAGUGGGUGUCGCGUUGAAAGAAGGAGGGGAAGCUGCCGUCGAAGAGUUUUUGAAGAACGAUGAGGGAACACCGUAUUUUGCGGUGGAUGUAGCAGAUCGAGAUGUUCUUGCGAAUGAGGAUAUUGCAAGGAAGGAAGCGGUCAUUCAAGAGGUCCUGGAUGAUGCUGCAAAACAGCUCGAUGUUAAGAAGUUGGAGUGGGUGGAUCCGAGAAGUGCAGUUGGGAAUAUGGGGUUGUUCGAGGCGGGGAUCUUUGCCGAAGCGAGGACUAUGGUUGACUGGAACCUCAGAAGCAAGUUCUGUCCAGGUUGUGGUUCGCGUAACUAUUCGAUGUGGGGAGGAUGGAAACUGGCAUGUUCGUCUGGUCUGCCGUGGAACGCGAGUUCUCAUGGAUCAGCUUGUCCCUCACGCAUCGGUCUUCACAACUACGCUCACCCUCGUACGGAUCCGGUCGCUAUCAUCCUCACAGUCGAUCAGACGGGCGACAAGGUCCUCCUUGGGAGAAGCAGAAAAUUCCCACCCAAAUUGUAUUCGGCGCUUGCUGGAUUCCUUGAACCCGCGGAGACGUUUGAAGACUGUGUGGUGAGAGAAAUGUUGGAAGAGGUGGGAGUGAAAGUUUGGGGGAUUCAAUAUCAUUCUGGACAGCCUUGGCCUUACCCAGCGAAUCUGAUGCUUGGUUGGUACUGCCGAGGCGACUCGACCAAGGAGAUCAGGGUGGAUUUGGAUAAUGAAUUGGAAGAUGCCAAGUGGUAUACCCGUUCCGAAAUUUUAACUAUCUUGGGACACGCAGUCGGUACAAAGCUAGAUUCCAAGACGUUCUCGGAGAAGAUGGAAGAGGAGGAGCAGGAAAGGGUCUUGAGGGAGCUGAGAGAGGGCAAGGCUACAGCCAUGAAAGCCGUUGCCAGUGACUUGGGUGAAGGACCCGCGUUUACAAUCCCACCAGAUAGCGCGAUGGCGGGUGUGUUGAUCAGGGACUGGGCCGAAGGGAGGGUCACUUUCAAUGUCGAAAAGGUGUAA